AUAAUAAUGCCCGCCACUCAAGUGCAAGACUCUGCUCGCAAACGAGUAGUAAUUCAGGCACCAGAGAAGACGCCCACCGCUCCUUCCAGUGGAUCUGUUAAUGGCCCUCAGGCACUGCGAGAGCGUCGCUCCAUCUUGCCUGAAGAGCUGAAAGACUUUGAUGGUCUUGCCCUCGGGCGGGACGAAAGCGAGCAGGUCAUUGAAUGCAUUCAGAACCAAGAUUUUGAAGGGGCUGUCACGAUCAUCCGAAGCGCCUUCGUUCUACGUCCUCCACCUCCACCGCCAUCACACAUCCUACAUGUUCCAUCCUCUGCGAUCAAAUAUCAACCAGAUCGGGAGGAAGAGGAUGCCACCUUCCGCGAUGUAAUUCUGUCAAAAUACUACACGGAGGCAUGCAGUUUUGCAGUAUCGGUCGGAUUCACCAGUUGGCAGCUCGCUGUGUGGAUCACUUUGUUUUCAGAGGGACAUAAGGAAAAUCUGGCGCAGAUAAGAGAACUGGAUGGGUCAGCGCAUCGCUUGUCGUGUUUGGAGAUAUUCAGUAAUCUCCUAAUGGAUUACAACUAUAAGAGAUUGCGUCGACAAGCAUUCACCAAGCAGGAGAUGAUAAUGUUGAUCGAUUACUUCACCCAAAGCUACGCCCAGCAUAUGCGACUCAUCACCCAUGUAUUCACCCAACUUCAAGAUAUCGAAAUUACGUAUAUUCACACCCAUUUGGAAGAACCCAAUCAAAUAACAUCACCAAACGGUGGAUAUACCAAACUGGUUCUGCCACCGUUGAAAGAAGGUAUUCCGGCAGAGAAGUGGGAUGACUGGUGCCGCGCCGAAGAAGAACGCAAGCGGCUAGAGAGAGAGAAGGAAGAAGAGGCUGCUGAGACAGCGCGAAAACUGGCCGAAGCAGAGGCUAAGGCUGCCGCGGAUGCGUCUGUUAUUGAAGAAGUAAAAGACACACAGAAAGCAGCUUCCAUCCUCCAGCGACUUGUACUACCCCCUCCACCCAUUCCGUCCCCCUUAUCACUAUUCCCCGAACGUGUUGUUUCAACCAAAGUAGCUGAUCCACAAAUCGUACAAGCGCUGGCAGAUCCUAACCCUCCUGUCAUGAUGAUGCCCAAUGAAUCCGCGAAGAGUCAUGCACUGAAUCCAGCUGCCAUAGGCGCGAUCCUCUCUUCUACAAUUGAUGAACACAUUUCCAUCUUGGCAUCAUAUCUAGAGAAGCAAAUGAGCCAUCAAAUAGGCGAAAUGCAAGCGAUAAUAGAAAAGCGCGAAAAGGAAAAAAAGGGCAAGGAGGAGGAUGAUAAGAAGGAGAAACAGGAGCGUACUGUAACGGCGGGAAAGAAGGGAGCUGACAAGAAAAGUGCAGGCAAUGCUAGGGAUGUCAGAAAGCCUUCUGGAAAGGCACGAUAGGGAGAAUUCCGGGAUACUUAAUUUAUUCUCCAUGUAAUUAACUGCAACUAAAUUUCAACCUUAUUUACAAGUCA